GAGCGAGCAGAAGAGGCGCGCGAAGCCUGACCGCCCAGGCAGUCCGCGCCGGACCGCAGGAGGCGAGCCGGUCCGGAGGGGUCCGCGGGCGGGGCGGGACCUGUGCAGCCGGCCAGAUCGGGGGCUUAGUGCCCCUGCCCGCAGCCGCCUGCGAUGAGCGAGGCCAGCCGGGUGUGCUCCGGCUACUACGGCCUCAACCACAGCUUCGUGGAGCCCUUCCAGUGCCCCCGGCGUGGUGAGGGGGCCACCCUCAUCUACUGCUGCGGCUUCGCCGACCUCAAGUACUGCUGCAGCGAGCCCGGCAGCUACUUCCCCUACAAGCACAGCUACAUGUGGAGCCUCAGCAUUGGUGCCCUGACUGGACUGGGAAUUGCUGCCCUUGUUUUACUUGCCUUUGUCAUCAGUGUCUGUGUUCUUUGCUACUUAUUUCUGUAUACAAAGCCUCAAAGAUUAGACACUGGCCUUAAACUUCAGCACUUAGAGGCUGUUUCCACUCAAGAAGGCAACUCAAAUAGAAAAACCAAAGCCCCCAGUUCAAAUGCAGUGUCAAAUUCAACAAAUGAAACAUUCUACGAAGCUGAUGAUAUAAUUCAAGAAAAAACAAUGGAUACGACACAAAUCAACAUUGCUUAUUGUUAAAAAUCCAGUGUUGUAAAAGCUCACUGGAGAGAUGGAGCAAUAAAAAUAAAGAGUGCACUUCAAA